AUGGAUAUCACUGCUACGAAAACGGACGAAGGAGGAUGGGGAAGCAAACCGUCGUUUAUGACGUGGAGACCGUCCGACAUCGUCUACGUGGCGAGACACCAUUGGAUACCAUGUUUGUUCGCGGCCGGAUUUUUAGCCUCAAUGUGGGUGGAGUCCACGAACAAGAUGAUCCCCGCGGGUUCUCCGCCGUACGAUGUUGGUUUUGUGGCCACGCGCUCUUUGUAUCGCGUUUUGGCUUCUUCACCAGAUCUUAACACCGCUUUGGCCGCUCUAAACUCGGUGUUGGGAGUGAUGCAGACGACGUAUAUAAUAGGAGCAUGGUUAAUGGAAGGAAGGCCAAGGGCCACCAUCACAGUGUUAUUCCUCUUCACUUGUCGGGCAGUUCUCGGUUACUCUACUCAACUCCCUCUUUCACAGGAGUAUCUAGGAUCAGCAACCGAUUUCCCGCUAGGGAACGCCACUUUCUUCUUCUUCUUCUCGGGUCACGUAGGCGGUACGACAAUAGCAUCUUUGGACAUGAGGAGAAUGCAGAGGUUUAGACUUGCGAUGGUUUUUGACAUCCUCAAUGUACUACAAAUGAUCAGGCUGCUCGGGACGAGAGGACACUACACGAUCGAUCUCGCGGUUGGAGUUGGCGCUGCUAUUUUCUUUUACUCAUUGGCCGGCAAGUACGAAGCGAUGAUGAGAAAGAGACAAUUUUAG